UAUUGACAAACAUCCCAAACAGUCUUGCCAGUCGGAUUUUCGUAGUACUUUGAAAUGCUGCUACGUUCGAAGAAGAACAAUACGGAAUUUGUAUUUACUUCGUUGGAUAAUAUAUGAAAAUGCAGUGGUCGAAACUCGGGGCGCAGAAAUCCACUUUUUUUUUUUUUUUUUUUUUUUUUUUUUUUUUUUUUUUUUUUUUUUUUAAAUUUAUUUCCUGACGCAGAGGUUUUGGCGCCAGUAUAUAUCUUUGUGCCUACAAAGCAUGCCUGUGUAGCGCUACAUAUAAUAGACGGCAGAAGUAACUUGUGGCGGCACCCACCAACUUUUUUCAGAAUUUCCGCUUGCUUUGCACUCGAUUCUAAGCCGCAGGCGGUGUUUUGGAGUACAAAAACCGGGAAAAAAGUGCGGCUUAGAUUCGAGUAAAUACGGUAUUUGAUAGUGGCAAGGUCAUUGGCAUGAGGAAUAUUGGUGUGUAGGGAGGUGGCAUCAACAGUGAUGAGUGGGUAUCUAGCCAGUAAAGAGAUGGGAAUGGUGGAGAGGCAGUGAAGGAUGAAGUUAGUGUCUUUGAUGUGAGAGACUAGGUCUCGGGCAAUUGAUUGGAGGCGUUGAUGAAGAAGAGCAGAAAUUCUUUCACUGGAAGCUCAGUAGCCAGCUACUAUGGAGCAUAAAUGGUUGUUGUGCUUGUGGACGUUUGGCAUCACAUGGACGGUAAGUUGCAGGGUGUUGUGGCUGGGAGAAGGUAGAUUAAUUCAGGUGAGAAGUUCUGGGAAGGGCCUAUGGAUUUUAGUAGAGAUUGUAGUUAUGUCAGCCACCUGGGAUGGGAUCACUAUGGCAGAGUUUGUAGCUGUCGAGUUAAGAUAGUUGAGGAGCCUUUCUUCAGGUAGUUGCUGCGAUUCAUCAUGCCAGUGGAGGGAGGAUGAUCAUUUUAGAUUAUAUUUCGAGGUAGUGGAUGGCUGUUAUUUCCUCCGCUGAGAGAUUGGUGUUCUUAGUUGGUUAGACAGGAGGGGGAAGUGGUUGUUCACAGUUGGAUGGUGUACUUCAUUCACUGACUCUCAAGCAUUCCCACGCCUUUACCUCCUGGAUCCCUACUCGUCACUAUUGGUGUCACCUCUCUACAUAGCAGCAUCUCUCAUGCCCAUGCCCAUGGCCUUGCCACGAUGAGGCCAAAAUGAACCACUGGCACCAUGCAGGGGCAUAGGUUUGUCGCCUUUGACGCACAGGUAUUUGCUAGGAGUAACGGGACACCCUUCUGUGAAUAAUCUUAGUUAUAUAAAUGAAAAACAUAUUAUUUAAUCAAACAGCAGAAAUGGGAGUGUUGGGAGCAGUAUGUUGCUUCAAUGAAUUCACCCAAAACUCUCUUCAAAUCCUUCCUUUCACUUAUUCCAUUACUCUGCAGCGCAUAGUUAAAUAGUGAUGACAUGUUUCAGUUGUAGAAAAGUUACUUCAAGUCAUAUUAACUUUUAUAAUCGAUCCCAAUGUAAAAUGAACUUGUGAUCUGCGAUAAUUUCAAAUAGUUCAGUUUGUGCUGUUAAGUGUGCCCAUUUUUUUCUAAACUGUGAACUAUUGUGAAAAAGGGAAUACAAGUCAAAACAGCCUCAUUCACUGACAAGAGUUCUGGUAUUUUACAUCUAGAAAAUUGAAGAAAUAAGUAUAUUUAGUCCCUGAAUAAUCCCAUUCCCUCAGCUACUCCCUCUUUUCUCUCCUCUUCUCCUGUGUAUAGUAAUGUUUGAUGCAAAAAACAUAAUCUACAAGAUCUGUCAAAAAAGAAUUAAACUUUCUGUUAUCAACAAACUGGAUGUUACACAACUAUUGUACUAUACUGAACUGUGUUUUCACGCGGCAAGCAGUUUCAUCAAAAGCAGUCAGCUCAGUUACAGUGAAUAAGCAGUUUAUUACAGGCAUGUUCUAGCACUCUUCUGGAAGGCAAAAAUGGUUCCCUGCUUAGCUCCACAGAAAACAAAAUUGCAAAAGUAUUUUGAGCAGUGGCUGGCACAAUUACAAAUGUGCAGAGUCAGAUGAGACCUACCUUGAAGGUUACCACCACUAACCGAACAAACUGAUAAGUAUGCAAAUUAGCUGCCACAGUUUCUUUUUUGUCUGACCUUAUAUACAACAUUUAAUGGCAGUGUAAAACAUAAUAUCUGUAGUAAACUGCUAAUCCACUGCUAUUUAGUUGUUUGAAUUUGUGACAGUUUAAGGAUGCAGUUAAAAGGAAUGGUGGAGAGGGGAGGGUCACACACUAACAUGCCACAUCAAACAACUGUUUAUCUUUUUUCUGUCACAGCAUGUAUUUUAAGGAAAGAAAGAUUUAUUUUCUCAUUUCAUUUACCUUAUAUUUAUGACAGUGAUUUACUCUCUUCACUAACUUUGUUUCAUUACAUGCAGGGAAACAAUUAUCAAUAAAGAAAACACAAAUAACCAGUGAAAAAAGUGUGUCACCAUGCAUACCUAUUUUUAUUUCCAUUUUUGUGUGAUUUUCAGUUUAAACCACAAGCCGAUCAGCACAUUGCCAGAUGUGCUUCCAAAUUCUCCACUGUGACUAAGUGAUUGCAGUACAGCAAUUUCUCUUGAACUAAUAAAGAACUACUCUGAGUCCAAGAAGCAUGCUGCAACAUGUACAGUUCGAGAUAAUCAUGUCAUUGUAGAGAUGCGUUAAAGGAACUAAUGAGAGUUGAAGAACAGUACAUCAUUUUUGCAGCUGUUUGUAUGCUGUGAACGAAUUAUAACAAUUUUAAUUUUGUGAGACUGUCCUGAUAAUUUGAAGUUCAGAGAAAGUACUGUAAUGGUUUUAUCAUAGCUUUUUUAAGAAAACAUUUUAUGCUGUAGUUAUGUGUUUUUCUUGUGUUAGCACUGAAUUAUUAGUAAUGAGUAUGUCCUGUAGACCACAAACCUAGCUUUUUCUGAAGCAAGUCUCAACAACAGUAAAGUGAAAAAUGACAGUUCCAAAAAGAACUUGUGUAUAAAAACAAUGUUCCACACAUCAUUGUUUUUGUUUUUGCUGUACCAAAACUGUGUGCAGUCUAUUGUGAAUAUAUACCACAUUCUAAAAAUUUUGAUAGUGUAAGAGACCAAGAAAUUGUGUAUUGAAGUUUUAGCUGAUUUACAUUUAGAAGAAAAUGAUUAUUAUUUAUAAAACAAAAUAAAAAAAACUUCUGUUUUGUAUGAACAUCGGUGAACUUUUAAUAUUAAAGUCGUCAUUAAAUUAGAAGUGUGAGUUUUGAUAUGAAAAUUUUUGCUAACAAAUUUUCAUAUGCCACAAACAGUAAGAAGAUUAAAUCUGUACAAGAGAGGGAUAAUGUAACGUGUUCAGAAUUGGCAUACAACAAAAUAAAUUGUGCUGAAGUGUUGCAGUAUAGCAGUUCAGAUGCCACAACGGGCAGAAUAUCACCCUCUCAAAAAAAAAUUGAAUCUUUGCAUGUUUUUCGCAAUGAGGAAGGAAAUGUUACCAAUAGGGCCAGUAAAAGUAAAAGUUUAUCUUUGGGGAAGAGCAGAGUACAAACCAUUCAUAAACUUAAGGAACUACGUGUUGUUCUCAAAAGAUUGCCUGAACUGUGGUUAAGAAAAAAUCUGUUCACUGUUGGCAGGAUCAAUAAACUAUCAAAUCAAAAUAAAUAUACUUCCAGAAACAUAGCAGUUAAAUCAAAUUCUUGUUCUGAUGUCAACAAAAGCAACUGCACCAAAGCACAAGUUACAGAUAGUUCUGAUUCAACAACAACUCUAGAUUCAGUGCUUCACAAAGGAAUUACUGAUUCCUCAGCAGUACAAGAUGCUGAGCUGAUUUUGUUUUUGUCUAAGUUUAAAACAGAGCAUCCAGAAUUUUUAGUCAAGAAACUGCAUGUAUCUUUACACAAAUUGUCAAGUAAUUUACAUUCAUAUAAUUGGUCUCAGAUAGAAAACAUUUAUCAGAGGUGCAAAGAUUGCCACAUCAUUACUGUUCACAACAGCAUUAAUCAAGAACAUUCACCCAACCGAGCGGCAGUCAAUAAGAGUUCAACUCGGUUAGAAUCAAGUAAGAAACUGAGCAUUUUACAUGAGAAUGGAAGUUCUUAUGAAAAUUUGAAUGUGGUAGUUAAGAGAAAAAGACAGAGAAAGUGGCAUUUCAAUUGCAUAUUUUGUUCAGAUGAUAAUAAGACAGCUCAACAGAACCAUUUAUCCAAAAAAUGUAGAAGACUUGAAUCAGUGAAAACAUUUUCUCCUUUUGCGCUAACAGAGAUAGAUUUCAGUGAAAACGAAAUGGAUUCCUCAGAUACAUCUUACAUUCCUGAUAAAGAAAGAAAGCAUACUGUUCAUGGUAAGCAAAAUACCCAUAAUAAAGAAUUAUCGAGAUUGCGCAGGGUGUCGCCCAUGGAACUUAUAAACGCUGUAAAGUAUGCAAUGCAUUUGGCACUGACUGAGCCAUGGUUACAGCUGGAUGUGUCUGGUCCUCCAGAAUGCUGUGAAUCUCAACAUCAGAGGAUGGUAUUGCAUUGGAUGAAGCCAGAUAUAAGUAUGUCUGAUUUAUUCAGAAAUGCUCUGUCACAAGGUGUAUGGCUCCCAUCUUUACUUCACAUGAUGAUUUCUGCUGGGGCAAUUCCUCAGCCUGAUGAUGUGCAAAACAUUCUGCUGUUUGUCAUGACAUCAGAAGACCAGAUAGUAAAAGAAAAUGCAUUAACAAUAAUACAGAUGUUAUUUGAUGUAUGGCCUCCAUGCUGUCUCCAUACGGGCUCUUAUUACAGUUCUGUCUUCAGAAAGUCGCACAAGGUUGGGUGCCAGGAAUCUAAUGGAUUGCUCUUAUCAAUGGUUGCAGUCCUCCAUUCCCAGUUGAGUUGUAAGGUUGAGAUGGCAUCUGACUCGGUCACUUAUUCAGCUUUAGUCAUUAAAGUAGUUGUCAGUGCAUUGGCAGCUGAUGUGGCAAGUUGGCUUUCCCGACAUCAGACGAAGAAAAGCACAAAAACAGAAUAUGAGGUUCCUCUCGCACAGAUAGCCCUAGGGCAAACAGGAGAUACACAAAUACAAUUUUCUGACGUAAAGAUCAUUGUGAAACUGUGCAUCUGUGAUCGGAGAACAACACUACAUCAUAAUGUUUUUAUGGAUCUUCUACACCUCAUUGCAGAAGUAUAUAGAAUACGCUACGCAGUUCCACUUAAAGAAUAUCCAGGCUUAGGAACAAACUGUCAUUUGCUUGCCAGUGAGAUAGUUUCUCAAAUGGAACACUGUGGUAUGAAAAGUGAAAGCAUAGGCCAGUUUCUUUGUGUUUUGAAGCCUAAUUGGUUGUCGAUGCUUGUUGGUCAGAAGUUACUGGAGAAACUUCAAGGACCACUGCGUGGAUCAGUGAUAGAUACAGUGACCAGUUACAUAUUGGAGUACAAAGAUUUUCUGAAAAGAGAAGUCACAUGUGAUGAACAGUAUGGAAAACAUAAGGUCAGCACCAAUGAUACAAAUGCAAAGAAAGUAAACAAGAGAGACUGCAAAGGUGAAGUGCAGCUUCAUAGAUCAUGUAGACGUGGAAACGUAAAUGCUGUGCACAGAAUUUUAGAAGUGCCAGGUGUAGAUGUCAAUAUUUGUGAUAAUGCGGGUUGGACACCACUACAUGAAGCAGUUCACUACAGCCACACAGCUUGUGUGCAAGCACUAUUAAAUUUUAUACCAUCUCCUGGGAGCCCAUACGUUUAUACAGCAGCACGAGCAGAUUGUGGAACAACACCGUUGAUUAGUGCAGCAAUUGCUGGAGAUGCGGACAUGUGUCAUCUGCUGUUACAGCACACAGGCAUUGUGCUACUUGAAGAUGUUCUGGAAGGUAAUGAUAUAAAACCACAACUAAAGGAGCACAUACCUGAAGAAAUACAAUCACUGCUAAAGACAGCAAAACUGAAAUAUGAAAAUAUCAUAGAAAGACAUUUGGGAGUAUCAUUAUCAGUCGAGAUAUGGACUCGCCUGCAUCCUCUGCUUUUACCUCUUGUCUGCAGUCACAUGGCCACAUAUCAUGUGCCACUUGUAAGAAGUCAAUUUGGGCAAGUGCGGUGUGGUGCAGUGCAGGCAUCUUCUACUCAUGUUGAGUACUCUACUAUACGACAAAUCAUGAGAACUCUACGAAGCUUUGAAAAAAUGAGAAAGGUUAUAAACCAUCUUUGUAAGUGGCAUGAAAUUCCAAUUUCAGCUGUACAUAAUUUUCAGAGUUACUUUUAAAAAAAGUAUUAAGAAAUUGGAGGCAUAUUAGUUCCUUUGUUGUUAGUGAAUUUGUGACUGCUUGUUGGUGUAUUGUAAGACAGAUGGCAUAAUUCAUUCCUUAAAAUGUGUUUAUGCCUAUGACAUCUCUUACUAGCUUCACAAUAGUACUGUCUUUUAAAUUUAUCUUCUCUGAUGGUUUCUUGUAUUUUAUUUGUAACUUGGAGGACAAAACACCUUUUAGGUGCAAAUAUUGGUAUCAUCUCUUGUUCCCCGUAAGUCAUAAAUGUAGUGUCUUGUGAUCACAACCAAAGCUCAAUAUGUAUUUAGAGCAAUGAUCUUUUCUACUCUGUAUAUUCUUAUUUUUGGUUUGGAGCUAUUCAGGGGAACCUAUUAUUGUUUCCAAAGUGAGUAGUCAUCCAAGACCAAAGUUGCAUUAUUAUUUUUACAAGUAAUAUUUACUUGCUAUUUUCAGAAGCAUACUUUAAUUGCAUGAAAAUGUAACACUAAUAAUUGUAAGAAUCCUAUUUUAAGUGAUAAAACUGUUUUGAAACUGAUGUUGUCAUUCCAGUUUAAUUAUUUUGAUUACAUCAGCUAUUUUAGUUGCUAAUGUGAUGAUACUUUUUGUUUGUUUUAGCUUGUAUUUGAUACAGCCACAUUUCCUUUUUUGCAGACUAGGGAUUUCUAUUUUUUUAAAUAAAUAUAUAUUAUUUAAUAAUAUCAUUGACAUUCACUCCCACCCCAAAAUAGAUCAUAAAGUGCUUUGUGUAACUGCCUUGUCAUCACGUGGAAUGUUUGUGGACAUAGAUGCAGAGUGCAGAAUGUCUGAAAAUUAAAUGGUAAAUUUCCUUGAUUACUCAAAAUAUAUUAUUAUUUAAGAUUGCAGGUUUUGUAACUAAUCAAUGUUUCAGAUUCUUUAUAGAACAUAAAGCUACUACAGAGCCAUUGAUUAAAAAUACUCAAA